UACUUACAUAUUAUAUAUUAGACGCUGACUCAACGAUGGAUCUCCCCACCGAGAUCAUCCUCUGUAUCGCCGAUUCUCUCUCGCCCAGAGAUCUCAGCAGUCUAUCGCAAACAUGUCGUUUUUCCCACAAUGUCCUCGACUCUGUCCUCUGGAAUAACAAUGCAAAUACCGCCCUCCUCUGGGCCGCCGACAAGGGCAACCAGCGGGCAGCACGAAAAGCGCUCGGUUUCCAUGCAGACAUCAACACGAGGGACCCAACCGACGCGGUUCUCCCCCAUUUUCGAUUCUGGAGCCACGAGAAGAAGAAGUACAAAAGAACCGGGCUCACUCCGCUCGCCCUGGCCAUCAUCGCGGGUCGGCAGGAGAUGGUUGAUUUCCUGCUCUCUGUGGCUGGCGUCGACGUCAACGCACGUGACAACCCCGAACGCUUCACCCCCCUGACGCUCGCCAUCGUCACCGACCACCACGACAUCAUGCAGAGGCUGCUUGCCGUCGACGCCAUCAACCCCGAGCUGCGAGACCGGUUCUCCGCAGGCAGUGCGUUGAUGGUCGCCGUCCACCUGCACCGAAUAGAGCUCGUCAAGACACUGCUGGCGCACCCCAAGAUCCAUCCCGACCGAGGCAACCUGAUCUCGCAAUCGCCCCUCUGGCUAGCGGUGCACCAGAAGAACCUGGAGCUCGUGAAGCUGUUUCUCGAGGCGGGUGCCAGUCCGCACCCGCCCUUACCGGACCCUCACAACGAGUACGGAUGGUACGCCGAGCCGCUGGACAGCGCCGUGAGCAACAACACGCCGGCGAUCGUGCGGGCACUCGUCACGUCGCCUCUUUUCGAUGUUUCGCGGGUCUCGCAUGACCACCGCAUCGAACGGUUCGAGUGUAAGGCAUUGUGGCAUAAUAGAGUGGAUCUCUUCGAGGCGCUCUUCGCCACCCUCGGCUGCGAGGAGGUCAACUGGGCGCAUGGCGAUGGUCGGACGUGUCUCUGGUGGGCGGCUGCUCAUGGACAAACGGACGUCGUACGGACGCUGCUUUCUCUACAGGGUGUGGAUGUCAACACGCGCGGUAUUGGAGUCACCUAUACACAUGAGUACGUCGAGAGGGAGAGGGUUCUCGGACCGCCGGGUUACGGCGAGGGCGUCACUCCGCUCAUCGUCGCGACGAGGGGAGGGCAUCUCGAGGUGGUGAGAUUGUUGCUUCAAGCCGGGGCGGAUGUCUCGAUUCGAGAUGCAGAGGGGGAGACGGCGUUGCAAGCUGCGGAAUUUGAAGAGAUAGCACAGUUAUUGAUUAAUGCUUAGAUACUACCACGUAUAUAUACUAUAUAUUAAAUUCUC